AUGACAGCAGAUUUUCUGGGGAGAAGGAAAACGAAAGGCAGUGUUUGCGGGAACCUCGUUGCUAAUAUCAUGCUUUACAGGUUCUAGCUGAAGAUCUCCUUAACCCCGCUCCCGCCGCUGAGGCUAGAAAGCACAAGCUUAAGGUAGUAAACUACUGUCAUUUUUCUCGUAAAUUUCGGCCCCGCUAACCAUGCAUAUAUAGACACUCGUCCCAGCUCCCCGUUCAUUCUUCAUGGAUGUCAAGUGCCCUGGCUGCUUUAACAUCACCACCGUUUUCUCGCACGCCCAGACCGUCGUCAUCUGUGGAUCCUGUGCCACUGUUCUUUGCCAGCCAACGGGUGGGAAGGCCCGUCUCACUGAGGGCUGCUCGUUCAGGAGAAAGUAGGGGAUUUUGGAGUGUUAAAAACAAAAAGCAAUUUAAUCGAUUUUUACUGGGAUGGUAUGGACCUUGUGGGAUGUUUCAUCAUGGGUUUUUAUGAUUUCUUUUUUUCGCUGGGGAUAGGGGGAUGGGAUAGCUCUGUUAAAAAAACUGUCCUGGCAUUUUCAUUAUUGGUUUUUUUUUCGGGGUUAUUUUCCAAUUUUUGUUUUGUUUUGCGGGGUCGAUGUACUGAUAAUAGAAGACGGAUGGACUCGAUCUUCUAGCAUAUGCUGGACGACGGGCUUUCCUGAUAUUAACUGCAAUUUGAUGUCGGCCUUUGUGGGUUGAUUACGAUUCAUCAUUUA